ACAGUGAAAAGGAGCAAAUUUUGAUGCUGAUAUGGUCAGCAGGGAGUAGAAUCAUGAAUAAUCAUCACUAACUUUAUAAUAAUUGUGUUUCUUGACAGUCAUAAUUUUUCACCUGAUAGAUACUCUUGCUAUGUAGCAUGAACAAUAAUCCUCAGUGCCCAUGUUUGUUCUUUGCUGUUUUUUCUUCAAUCUUAACUGCCUGCCUGAAUCUAGGAACAUGAACUACUUAUAUUUGUGUAUAUACACACAGUCUGAUGCUUGAGAUCACUCAGCUUCCAAUGAAACAAUAUUACAUCACAGCCAGCCAUAUUGUACCUGGGAAUCUUCUUCAAUCCAACAUUGUUUUCCUGUCCCAAACAAAGCAUAUGAAGAAGCAUGUAAGCCUUCUAUGGGGAAAAAGUUAAUGUGGGCAAUCUCUUUAUUCUCCAAAGAUCAAUGCUUCUAAGGUCAGUUGAUUGUGGGAGAGAUGAUUUCCAGUACAGCAAGUUCAUUUGCAGCCAUUGCAGGGGGAAUUGGAGGGGCAUUGGUGCUAAUGGGGGUCAUAAUCUUGGUCUGUUUUUGUAUGUUUCACUAUAAGAGGUAUUCCAAUAGGAAUUCAGACACAGCUUCCUCAGAUCCAUCUGCAGCAGUGGAACAGAAAACAGGAGGGCCUGUCUCGUCCCUAGCGUUGGCUCGGGGGGGCGUUCCUGAGGGGGCGAGGGUGUUCAGAAUGCAGGAGCUGGAGCAAGCCACCAAGAAUUUUGAUCAGAGUAAUCUCAUUGGCUGUGGGAGCUUUGGUCUGGUGUUUAAAGGAUUCCUCUUUGAUGGAACCAUUGUGGCCAUCAAAACUCGUUCGGCUGCUCCUAGGCAACAAUUCAGUGAAGAGGUGGCUCGUUUGUCAAUGACACAACACCGCAACCUAGUCAAUCUCCUAGGCUACUGUCAGGAGGGUGGAUACCAAAUUCUGGUUCUUGAAUACUUGCCAAAUGGAACAAUGUGUAAUCACUUGUAUGGGAUGGGAAGGGAUUCCUCAACAAAGGUGGAAUUCAAGCAAAGGCUCUCCAUUGCUUCUGGGACUGCUAAAGGUUUGUGUCAUUUGCAUGGGCAGUGCCCCCCAGUUGUUCAUGGGAACUUCAAGACAGGCAAUGUGUUGGUUGAUGAGAACUUCAUUGCUAAAGUUGCAGAUGCAGGGAUUUCAAGGCUGCUUAAAGAGAUCAACCAUGAUGCUGCAGGCCCUUCUCACUCGAUCCAAGAGUCUCCCUUCAUUGACCCCGACAGGGUGAACCAAAGUGGUGUAGUCUCUGAGGCAAGCGACAUUUAUGGCUUCGGGGUGUUCCUGUGGGAGCUGAUAACAGGAAGAGAGGCUGCACAUAUAAGCGGUUUGGGAUCAAACCAAACCAUGCAUCAAUGGGUGGAAGCACAUUUAAGUUCAGAUGAUUUAGUGGACCAUAGGCUGAUGGGGAAAUACAGUGCAGAGGGAAUGAGAGACUUGAUAAGGGUGGCAAUGAGAUGCACAAGUUUUCCUGGGAAAGAAAGGCCCAACAUGGACAUGGUAGCACUUGAAGCUGAGAGAAUUCUGGAGAAAGAGAUCAUGGGCUCUACUGCCAUGGGAGAAGCUUCUGCAACUCUCACUCUGGGAAGUCAGCUAUUCACCAACUAAUAUUUGGAAGCAGUGUUUGAUGUAAUUAAUAGCAAUAUUUGUUGUUUACAAUUCAUGUAUGAAUAGUGUAUAUGUGUUAUCUAUUCUGGUUUACAAUUCAACCAGGGUAUUAGUAAUUGUAUGUGUCCGACGGUGAAUACUUUGGGUUAUCUCUAAAAAAAAUUGUGAAAUGGAGAGAUCUGUCAACUUUUUGUAAA